AUGAACAAUCCUGAAUUCCGCCAGACCCUCCAUAACAUCUCUCACAACCUUGAGUCCGCCAAUCAAGCGGCCCAGGAAAAUAUCUACACAUUCACCCAACUAUACAUUGAUCCCUGCCUGGUCGGACUCAAAUCCUGCCUCUACGACUGCACCCGUCCAUGUUUCCCGAACCGAGAAGACAACCUGCGCCGCAAGAGAGGGAGGUCUCGUGGCAGGGCCGAACUGAAUUUUGAUUUUUACGAUGCUUGGGACGACGAUGAGGCUCUCGCCGACACCUCUCUGGGAUGGGGCAAUGACGAGUUGGACAGUCUUCUAGCCGGCCGAGCGCCACGUUCCGGUCAACCACGCCGGCAGCGGGCUAUGAGUUAUGGUUCUCGGGGAAGACUAAAGCCUACUGGCCUCGAGCCAGACCCACACCAAGACCCGACCAUCAUCCCUGGCUCGUCCUACCUGGGAUUCUUGGAACGCUUUCCUUGGAAGAUUGGGGCGCGCAAGCUGCGGUACAAGCCCUCAGCUGCUGAUCUGCAGGAGCACCCUGGGGGCGCUAGAGUAAGGGAUUCUGAAAGAGAGCCGCUGAUAGAAGAGCACGAGGACCAUGAUACGGAAUGGAGCAAGGGUCACGGCCGCCAGAGGAGCGAUACCGCCGGCUCCAGAUCAACCAUGAAUUCUCUCAGCUCUAGAGGAGAUCUUAUCAUGGGCGACGAGGAAGAGGACGCCGUGCCUCUUGAUGACGAAUUCGCAGUCAUGUUGACUCGGCGCAUGACUGGCCAAGGCUUGAACGAAGAUCAAAGUAGUGGGAAGACAAGAACUUCGAGUAGCAAGCGGCCCGGGGUAUCACGGCGGGGAACACGUACUCCCUCAUCAAAAUCGCUGGCCAGUCCCAGUAUGAAGAGUCAGCGGUCUUCAUCACAGAAGAGCCUUGCACCGGUCUCGCCGAGCCCUUUGCGAGAGCAAUCCGAACCUCCUACACUGCAUGACCUCAAACAACAAGAGGAACAUGCCGAACGGGAAGAAGAGUUGGAAAUCAAACAAAAACGAGAGGCCGCACAUCGACUUGCUCUCGCACGAGGAUUGAGCUCGCGCAAUGUCCCAAGCGUGAUGAGCACAAAGACCAAUGCUGGUCCACCCAGCGCCGAAGAGACCGCAGACGCACCAUCGAGGACGCAUACGCCCAAAGAAGAUUUGUCGCUGCAUGGAGAUCGCUUCGCAAAGACAAACCGUCUUUCGGAUCCGUUUGGGCCAACAACGUCCAGCGACCAUAGAUCCGAAGAUGGGACGGACCCUACUUGA